AUGGGGCGUCUCAUACGAAUCGAAGCGGAGAACUUCAAGUCCUAUGCCGGGACUCAGAUCAUCGGCCCUUUCAAGGACUUCACCGCGGUGAUAGGGCCCAAUGGUGCCGGAAAAUCCAACCUCAUGGAUGCCAUCAGCUUCGUCCUUGGCGUGCAGUCGAAGCACCUGCGGUCGACCAAGCUCAGCGACCUCGUUUUCCGGGCCGACGGCGCGGUGCCUUCGUCUCGCCGUGCGAUGGUCAAGGUGGUGUAUAUGGUGGGUGAAGGCGAGGAGGUGGGAGGGCAGGAGGCCGGGGACGAGGUCCACUUCAGCAGGGUAAUCAGCGCGGGGGGAGCGUCUUCCUACCGCUUGAACGACAAAGAGGUGACCUGGGAAAGCUACGAGAAGCGACUGAGGAGCAUCGGGGUUCUGGUCAAGGCCCGAAACUUUCUCGUCUUCCAGGGAGACGUGGAGUCCAUCGCCUCAAAGUCGCCCAAGGAGCUCACGCAGCUGUUCGAGCAGAUCAGCGGCUCAGACGAGUCCAAGGCUGAGUACGAGGAGCUAAAGGCUGCGAAGGAGAAGGCGGAGGAGGACACCAUCUUUAGCUUCAAGAGGAAGAAGGGUUGCCAGGCGGAGCGAAAGCAGGUAAAGGAGCAGAAGGAGGAAGCGGAGAGGUUCCAGAAGAAGCUGAAGGAGAUGGAGGACCUGAAGAUCGAGAGCUUCCUUGUCCAGCUGUUUCACAUCAACAAGGAUGUCGACGAGCGCGAGGAGGACAUCAAGCUGAUGAGGGAAGAGCUAGAGGAAGCACAGGAGAGGGAGAAGGCGGCGGACGUUAUUCUCAAGAGCAAGAAGAAGGAAAUGGCGAGGCUGAACCGCGAGCUGCAGAAGGCACAGGCGGAGCUGAACCAGCAGAAGCGUCUCCGUGACGACAUGGGCCCCCAGCACAUCAAGAUCAAGGGGGGCAUCAGCACGCUCAAGCGGCAGGUGGCCGACGGUGACAAGGCCUUGGAGAAGAUAGGCCGUGAUCGGGAUGCACAGCGCGGCACCGUGGCCGCUCUGUCUCGCGACAUCGCAGCCGUCAAGCAGCGCGAAGAGGCUGCGGUGUCGGACGGCAAGGGCAAGGGGAAGAAGGGUGGCGGCGGCAGCAGCGGGGGCCUGGCGCGGCUUAGCGAGGCGAAGGCGGCGGAGUACGAGAAGCUCAAGGCCGAUGCGCGAGAGAGAGGCUCCGGCGAGCGGGAGGAGAUGGCCGACGUCGAGCGACAGCUCACGAACUCUAGGUCCAAGGUCGAUCAGCUUCGCUCGGAGCAGGCAUCUCUCGACGAGCGGCUGUCUGGCUUCGACGCGAGCGCGAAGAGGUUCCGUCAGCGUCGGAGCGACAUGGAGAAGACCACGAAGAAGGCUGCCUUGGACCGCGCCGAGCUGCAGAGCCAGCUAGACGAACUGACUGGGAGGAGCAAGGGCGACGCCCUCAGGGCAACGGAGAUCGACGAGGCCCUUCGGUCCAUCAACGAGCAGCUCAGGGACGCCAAAGACGACCGACGCAUGACCAAGCAACAGGAGAAGAUGGCCGAUUGCCUAGAGACGUUGAAGCGCAUUUAUCCCGGGGUUAGGGGCCGCCUGGUGGACCUGUGCAAGCCGACCCAGAGGAAGUUCAACGUGGCCGUUACUACCGCCGCCGGCAGAUACAUGGAAGCCAUAGUGGUCGACACAAAGGCGGAGUGCCUGGAGUGCCUGUCGUACAUGCAGACCAACAAGGUCGGCAGGGCUCAGUUUAUCCCCCUCGACACCAUCAAGGUCAAGCCCAUCAGCGAGAGCCUUCGUUCACUAGGCCCGAGCCACCGGCUGUGCGCGGACAUCAUGCAGGGAGGAGACGACGGUGUGAGGAAGGCAAUCCUCUUCGCGGUCGGGAACACCAUCGUCAGCGAUACCCUUGAUGCCGCGCGCGACCUCUGCUUCGGCAGUGGCGAGGACAAGAAGAUCAAGGCCGUCACCCUGAACGGGUUCUUGAUCAGCAAGUCGGGCAACAUGACCGGUGGGACCACGACUCGCGACCUAGCGCGCGCUGGACAGUGGGACGAGAAGGAGUUCUCGGAGCUCAAGCAGCGGCGGCAGGAGCUGGAGGGCGAGAGGGAAACGCUUUCCAGGGAACACCGGAACCGAUCCCUCAAGGCACGACCAACUACUGAGCUCGAGACCAAGAUCCGAGGGUUGGCCAACCGCGAGAAGCACAGUUCAGCAGACCUGGACAUCACAAGGGAGGAGCUGAAGAGCAUUGGGAAGCACCAGGAGGCGGCAGAGAUCGACAGGGCCAAGGUGAACGCGGAGCUAGGGGAGAGGGAGGCAGACGUCAGCAGGCUCGAGGCCUCUCUGCUUUCGCUACAGAACAAGGUCGACGCCGUGGAAAAUGAGGUGUUCGCACCGUUCCUGAAGAGCGUGGGCGCGAGCGACAUCCGCUCGUUCGAGGAAGGCCAGCUGAAGGACAUGCAGGAGCAGUACAAGGCGCGCAUGAAGCUACAGCAGCACCGCUCCAAGCUAGAGGCCCAGCUGGCACACGAGCGUAGCCGCGAUUUCGACGGCCCGUUGGACAAGCUUACGCGAAAGAUCAACGCGCGGAGGAAGGAACUGGAGGACCAGCAUGUCAAGAUGGAGGAACUGGUCGAGAGAGAAAAGAGCAUCAUGGAGGCCGAGGACGAGGCGGCCAAGGAGCACCUAGCGGCGAAGGAGGUUGCGAGAAGACACGAGGGGGAGGUCAAGGCAGCUCAUUCCGGCAGACAGAAACUCGUCAAGGAGCGGGACGGCAUCAGCAAGCGCAUCAUGUCGGAGGAAUCUGCCCUGGAGCAGCUUCGUGCCAAGCUCCACGGUGUCCUCCAGGAGGCCCGUGUGGAGCAGGUAGCGCUCCCGCUUGUGGGAGGCGGUACGUUGGCGGGGGGAGGGGAGGGAGAGAAGACCCGCAGCCGGAAGAGGAGCAGGGGGGAAGACGGGGACGAGGAGGAGGAGGAAGAGGAAGAACACUCCGAAGAGAACAGCAGCAUGGAAGGAGGAGCCAGGUCCUCGGGCGCGAGUGGCAUGAGCCUGUCUGGCGUGUCAGGCACUCAGGGCUCGUCCACAGCCCACUUCAGCCAGGCACAAAACGCCUCUGUGAAGGAAGACAGAGAGAAGGCGCUCGAGGUGGACCUGUCCAAGCUGAAGAAACACCGUGGAGCGAAGGAUGCGCAAGGCCUGGAGGAGGUGGUGUCAGGCUACAGGAAGCAGAUGCAGGAGCUGCAGGCCCAGAUCAACCAGAUGACCCCCAACAUGAGGGCUGUGGAGAGAUUCGGCGACGUGAGCGACCGCCUCAAGGCCUCGGGGCAAACGUUCGAGCAGUCCAAGCAAAACGCCGCAGGCGCAGUGCUCAAGUUCAACGAGGUCAAGCAGCGGAGGUACGACACCUUCAUGCAGGCCUACAACCUCGUGUCCGACAACCUCAACACCAUCUACAAGGACCUCACCCGCAGCAGCAAGCACCCCCUAGGAGGAAACGCCUUCCUGAGCCUCGACAACCCGGAGGAGCCGUACCUUGGAGGAGUCAAGUUCAACGCCAUGCCCCCAAUGAAGCGCUUCCGCGACAUGGAGCAGCUGUCGGGCGGGGAGAAGACGGUGGCAGCGCUCGGCCUUCUCUUCGCGAUACACAGCUUUCGCCCGGCACCAUUUUUCGUCAUGGACGAGAUUGACGCUGCCCUAGACAACAUCAACGUGAAGAAGGUGUGCAACUACAUCCAGGGGAGGAGCGGCGACUUCCAAUCCAUCGUCAUCUCCCUCAAGGAUAUGUUCUACGAAAAAGCGGACGCACUGGUGGGGAUCUGCCGUGACCACGCCACCAACAGCUCGCGCACGCUUACCCUUGACCUUGAGGCUGUCGGAGAGGCAUGAUUCAGCGCAUGCCACCAGCAAAACUUGGGGCAAUGGGGCGCUGAUUCGAAGAGGCUUUGGCGAUACCGCGAGGGUUGCAAGCGAAUUUUCAACCCGGUGGCGGCCAUGGUCUCAACUCAACAUCAUCAUCACUCUUUGUCUGUAGCUGAAAGGCAGCAAUUGUUUUGCUAAGGGACUUGAAAUAUAGGGUAGGUACGGGGCAGCAUCGUUUGUUGUUUAUCGGAGGGUUGCACAAGCUUAUGGUGUCCAGGGUUGUACUGAAUUGCGGUCUCAGAGUUGGUUGUGCCCAUGUACAGUUUGCCUUUUUUCCGUUGUGUGGGAUUGUUGGCUCCGAUUGGUCCGAGUAGAUUUCCGUUGCCUGUAUGAUGCAGCGCUUCUUUGAUGGGAUAUGGAGUCCAAAGGCGAGCAGGUGGUGGACCCCAUCCAUCCUGCCGGAGGUGUUGUGUAUCUGGUCCUGCAGUAAGUGUGCGGUAGCUGUUUCCCGAAGUGCGGAAGCAGGUACCACUACUGUAGAUUGCGUUGAUGCUUGUCGUACCAGUAGUGUCUGGUAUCAUGAUACUUUCUGCACUGGUAGUAGGUUGUCUCGACGUCCUUCUCUAUUGUUGGUCUUCGAUCUUCAGAUGUUUGCAUUGUGUAGAGUAGAGCGGGAUAAAAUAUAUUCAGCAGC